GUGCUUCGGUGCGAUAUAACCCGCCGCGGCACCUCUGUCUCGCAACAUUCGAUCUGUGUGCUCCUUUUCGGCUUCUGCUUCUUUGGCUUCACUCUUGGCAGCUACCAACCGUCAACAUGGCAGUUUAAAGGCGGGCGGCGGCAAUCAUCGCAGCGGCAUCAAACGGGCAGGGCAUCGGCGAAGUGCACUGGCGAUUUCUGGCAAAAUGGCGUCUCUUCUGGCAAUUUCCCUCAGCUUUGCUGCAGACGACAGCAGUACCGAACGUCUCGACUUACGAGCCUCUCCACACUCCGUUUUACCCGCCUUAGCGCUGACCACACGCGGCAGCAGCCAUGCUGCUCGCAUUGGAGGCCGUGGAGGCCCUGUGCUCAGGGCCCUCGUUUCUGACGGCUGACCCAAUGGGGCCCCUUCUGGACCAAGAUGAAGAGGAAGUGCUUUCACCCUCCUCCCCGCUCGAGGGCGAGGUCCCGGCCUCGCCCCUCCUUUCUCUGUCCCCCUACCACAUCUUGCUGUCGCCCCCAUCCCCUCCUGCCGGUCACCCCUCCCCUUCCUCCUCCCCUUCCUCCUCCUCUCAGUCCUCCUUUCUGGAAGCCAAGGCGGGAUCCGACGUGACCGCUCUGCCCUGGCUGGCCGCCGGCGAGCUGCUCCACGCCCACGUGGGAGCGGACGACAUCCACGAGGACUCCUUCGCGGGCAUGGACUGGAUGUCGGAGAAGAUCGACCUCGGCGACUUCGACCUGGAGUCUCUCAUUGGCUCCUGCUCGUCGGACGAGCCCCCCGCUUUCCCCGAGGACCUCCUGGCCUCCCUCCGCUGCCACAUGGAUCUGGACCUGGAGCCUUUCCGCGUGGCCGCCCCUGAAGACGGGCACCCGGAGCCGCCCGCCGUCCCCGCGGCGGUGGUGGUCAUGAAGUCUGAGCCCUGCUCCCCGGCCCCACCUCCCUCACCGGGAUUCUCCGAGAGCGAGACCGACACCGAGUCGCCUCUCGCCGCCAUCCUCCCCAAUCCCGAGCUCCCGCUUGAGGAGGUCUUCGUCAAAGUCUUGUCGCCGCCGUCCAGCGACGGCGACAGCGACUCCGGCAUAGAGUCUUCCGCCGGCUCCCCCCGCGCCAAACCCUACGCCAAACCCCAACUCCCUUCCGCUUCUUCCUCGCCGGCUGCGAAAGCUAAGGUGAAGUCGUCAUCCGGCGCCCCCAAGGUGGUGGAGAAGAAGCUGAAGAAGAUGGAGCAGAACAAGACUGCGGCCACACGCUACCGCCAGAAGAAGCGCGUGGAGCAGGAACAGCUGAGCGUGGAGUGCGAGGCCCUGGAGACCAGGAACCGAGAGCUGGCCGAGCGAGCCGACGCCAUCAGCCGCGAGAUCCACUACCUCAAGGACCUGAUGGAGGAGGUCCGCAAGCACCACCGUGGAAAGAUGAGCGCGGGGGCCAAAUAAUAUGAUGGCGACGAGGUGGUCAGGCGACGCAUCUGGACGUGCUUGCGUCUCCCAGUCCGCUGUUGGGUCCUCGCGGAAUUGGACUUUGGCGUGAAAUUUUCCGGGUGAGACAUGCGUGCGUGUUCAUGUGUUCACAGGAGGAGGUCAAAAUUAAGGUGCCGUACGUUUGUAGUUCCAUCCUGAAAUGUCACCCGGAAGGCCAAUAUCACAAAUUUGCAACAAAAAUCACGAUCCCUUGUAGAACCCUCGACUCGGUCUAGUCACCAUAGCAACCUUCCUCUGGUUCAGAAAAGGGCCUCUUUAGUGUAUCUGAGUUUUCUUAAGGCCUGCGCGUGCGCGUGCGUGUACAUAUUUCUUGGCUUUGAUACGCAAUUUAGGUGGUCUUCUAGUUUGUAUUUAAUGUGUUCAUGUACCGAGUAGUUGUCGCGCUCUUGCUUGUACAAAUGCUCUCAAAUGCCUUUUCUCUCGCAGUCUUUUUCUAAUAAACUUUAAUCUGUCAAGUCUCAA